AGCAAAUACUGGCUAAACGCCUGUCGUUAUGAAGUGACCUCCAAACAAAAGACAUUUAUUUGAAUCGCUUCACACUGUGUUUUAUGGACAGAAAGAACUUAUUACCAAUAACCUGUUCUUUGUUUUAUCAAUGACUCUAACAAAGGCAAAGUUUGUUAUGAUAUCUACACGUGGUACCAGAUCCACCGGCAAGGGGACAAACUCCUUGAGAUAACACAGCUAUAACUUCAACAACUUCAAAAAAAUAUAUUCCUUGGUCUUUCGCUAGACUAGAUAGAGAUGACUUCGCCCAUAAAACUACUUUUAGUCGUCAUCAUCGCAGUCCUACAUUCAUCUUCAAGUACCGGUGAUGUGUUCACAUCUUUGGAAAAGAUGAAAGGACUUGCAAGACUUGAAAGUUUUUUGCCUACCAUUCUAGAGAAAUAUCUCGACAGGCAGCAAGUUAUUCCCAGAGUUUUACUGGAUUUUUUAGACCUUUUAAAAACGCAAACUCGAGUGAAGAAUGAUAUGGGAUUAGAUCGGUUUGUUCUGCAUCCUACAAACGCUUUUAAAAUGAUACGGCGGUUCCUUAAGCACUGGACUGAACUGGCGAAUUACUUGAACAAAGGGCCUGACAACGACCUGAAGGAAAUGCUGAACGUGAACCGUCCCAUAUUUCCCAAGCCCUCCGACCUACUUGCCUGCGCCGAGGCUAUCUUACGUAUACAGGACGUCUACAAUUUGACCGCCAAGCAGAUUGCGAAGGGCCAUAUCUCCAUGGCAACAGAGCCCGGCUUACCGCUGGAUGCUGACGAAUGCUAUGAGCUUGGAUACACUAAUCACAAGUGGAAAUAUUUCGAGCAGGCUCGUGAUUGGAUGUGGGAAGCGCUAUUGAGGAUGGGACCUGGGUACGAGGGAUUGUUGACUAGGUACCAGGUACUGGAGUAUCUGUCCUGGGCCGAGUAUCAGGUUGGCGAUCUUGAAAAUGCAAUCAAACACACGAAGAUGAUGCUGAAAGAAGAACCUGAGAGCACCAAAGCGUAUCGAAGUUUGGAUGCCAUGCAAGAAGAAAUAAUCUAUCAAAAGAAAUUUGGCAAGGACAAUCUUCCCUCACGAGUGAACGUGGGAAAUAGAGACAAGGGUAAAGAAGACCACGCCUUUGACUAUGAGCGUUUGUGUCGAGGGCAGCCCAACAAGAUAGUGGGCAGUCCUAAGCAACUUAGAUGUUACUACAAAUCGAGUCACCCAUUACUGCGAUUGAAACCGGCAAAAAUCGAGGUUCUUGACCCAGAUCGACAGAUUCUGCUUCUUCGUGACGUCAUCAACGAAAGCCAGAUGCAGUUUAUUAAAGAGCUCGCGGCGCCAAAGCUCCAGCGUGCCAAGAUGGAGACCAUUUCUGCGGAAGAACUCGAGUAUGGAGACCAUAAAACCAGCAAGAGUGCAUGGCUGGGCGACGCUGAUGGCGCUCCUAUUGCUGCUCUUUCCCGUCGAAUCGAGGCGAUCACAGACUUCCACGUAACCGGCGAUAGCGCAGAAUCACUUCAGGUGGUGCACUUUGGGAUUGGAGGACACUUCGAGCCUCGUUAUGGCUACAAUGCAACCUCAAGGAGUGUUGAUAAUGGGCCAAGAGAUUGGAUAGCAACGGUUUUACUAUAUUUGAACUUUGUGGAUGCCGGGGGAUCAAAUGUGUUCCUUGACUCUGAGCUAUCUGUGUCACCACAAAAGGGAAGUGCAGUGUUUUGGUUAAACAUGCGUAGAUCUGGCAAGGAAACCCUACAUGCUGCCUGUCCUGUUAUCGUGGGCCAUAAGUGGGUUGCCAAGAAAUGGAUUCGUGAAAGGGACCAAGUCUUCACUCGGCGGUGUGGAUUACAUGAGGACGAGUGAACCAGUAAUCCAAUAUUACAGAAAUGACAAAUACGUUUGGGACAAUGGGACAAUCGUGCAGAGAGGGAGCCAUGUCAUAUAUAUGACAAUUCAAGAUAUAUAUAUAUAUAUAUAUA